AUGUUAAAAUUUAACUAUUAGCACCAUUAAAAGUAAUAAAGAAAUUUAAAGAUAGAGAAAGGUUUUGUUUGUUUUUUAUUUAUUUAUUCAUUCACUGGCUUUGAUAAUAAAUAGUUCGAUCUAUUUUUAUUAUUUGCUUGUUUUUUUUGUUUUUCCUUUUCUAUUUUUAGUUACUAAAAUAUUAUUGGUUCUAUGUGGCAUUUGUAUGUUUAAGUUUUAUUUCAUCUUAUUUUGUUACUUAAUUUUCGGUCAAUUCUGAGACCAUAUAAACAAUAAUUGCAUCAAUUUUAGUUUAAUACAGAAAUGACAAUCAGAUAACUCAUAAGAUUUAGUGCUUGUUUCAUUGGUUAUUGGUUAGGACCAAAUAAAUUCUUUUGCUGCAAAAAUGAAUUUGAUGUUUUAUUGACCAGAAAUAAAGAAAACUUUAAUAGAUUUUACUUAGUUAAUUAUUUUUUAAUUGAUUUAUUGAAUGAACGAAUGAAUGAAUUAUUUAUUAAUUGA